AUGCCUGGUGGUGUGCCAGUCUGGCAUGGAAAUCUGGAAGGCAAGGACUUAGAUAGCAUGUUUGGCUUUAUUGAGGCAUAUGUGGUUAGAGGCAAAGGAUAUCAGGUAAUGAUGGCCAUGUCCUAUGUGUACAAGAUCCUUAUGAAUUCGCUAUACGGUAGAUUUGGCAUUAACCCUAAAAGCACGACAACCGAGCAAUACCGAGAAGGGCUCAGAUUAUGGAAUCCACCGAAGAACUCUGCUGUCCAACUAGCUGCUGCGAUCACUGCCUCUGCUAGGAUCUAUAUGUACCCUUAUAUCUCAAGAGAGGACUGCUACUACACGGACACAGACUCAGUUGUGCUUGGUCAGCCACUACCUAAAGAAGUGAUUUCUUCUUCUGUCUUAGGUAAGUUUAAGCUAGAGGACAGAGUCAUGAAAGGAUACUUUUUAGCACCGAAAUCCUAUUGCUACAUCGCAAUAGGUGGCUCCAAUAUACUCAAGUACAAGGGACCAGCGAAAAACCAGGUCAAUCAAGAAUGGUUUGAGUCACAGUACGCGGACCCAUCUCGUACAAAACAGGUACCGGUGGAAGCCAACUUCCGGAUUGAUUGGCACACUCUUAACAUCAUCAAGAAAGACACAAUGGUCAGGGUUGGGCUUCAGCUGGGGGACCAAGAGGAUACCAGUAUAUCACAGAGAUGUCUGGGUGGAUACUGA